CAUCCGGGUUAUCAGAUGGAGGUAAACAAAGUCGGAUGCAGUUAGCUGGAUGUGAUGACCCUGCUCCGGCAACAAACAUGUCUGCUUUCAGCGCCGAGUUAAUGGAUUAUCUGGAGGGCAAAAUAACUUUUGAGGAGUUUGACAGAAAGAGAGAUGAGCGGACAACAGAGUCAGGAGCAGGUGAAGAUGCUGAAAAUCAGUUGGAGGAUGACGCUCAACCUUCCACCUCCUUUCAAACUAAAGUGACAGUCGAGGACGGAGUUAGUCCAGGAGUCCAGCUGGCUUUUGCUUCCAUCCUGGGAGAAAUGGUUGAAGCUCCUUCUUCAGAGGACGGGGAAGAAGACGACACUCUGAGCUACGUCGAUGAUGAAGACGAUAAAGAUUUUGAGAUAAAGGCAGACAAGGAAGUAAAGGUUAGGCCUGAAAGAUCGCCGAGACAAGGAAGGAAAGGACGAGGGAAGAGAGGACUGAGUAGCAAGUUCAAAGCUGAUGAGGAGGAAGAGGAGGAGUCUGAGGAUGUGACGGUGGGUGACGUGUUCAAGCUGGAGAUGGAUCUCAAUCGAGAAAACAAGAAGCUGAUGAAGGCCCGUCGUCAUGGCAGCAAGCUGCCUCAGGCGCUCAGGGGCCUGAUGGGAGAGGCCAACAUCCGCUACGCUCGGGGAGAAAAAGAAGACGCCAUCGUGCUAUGUAUGGAAAUCAUAAGACAAGUUCCCCUGGCCUACGAGCCAUUCUCCACGUUGGCCAUGAUCUACGAGGACAACAAAGACGUGGACAAAGCUCUGCAGUUUGGGCUCAUUGCAGCCCACCUGAACCCAUCCGACUAUGAGGAGUGGGUCCGAUUGGCUGAGAUGUCUCUGGAGCAGGACAACGUCCGACAGGCCGUCAUCUGCUACAGCAAAGCUAUAAAGUACGACCCGAGCAACGUGCGCUACCUGUGGGAGCGCUCCAACCUCCACAUGCGUUUAGGAGAACACAAGCAGUGUAUGGACGGCUACCGCAAGAUCCUGUCUCUGCUGCCGCUGGAGGAUGGAGAGCAUUUCAUGCAGCUGUCCAAGGACAUGGCUAAGAGUUAUUACGAGAGCAACGACCUGACCUCUGCGCUCGGUGUGAUUGAGGAAGCUCUGACGCGACACCCCGCUUUAGUCGGUGACGACGUCGUCAACAUGGCGGCCGAGCUGUACAUCUCCAGCCGUCGGUACAAAGAUGCCCUGCAGGUACUGGUCAAGUUUACUGGUAUUGUUCUGGUUCAACCCAAUCCCUUAUCAGAACUCGCAACACGAAAGGAAUCAGAGACAAAGGAGGGGAAGAAUGGAGAGGACGUGACAGUGGAAGUAGAGGAAGUGACAUCAGAGGAUAACGGUGAAAUUACAGACAUCCACGUCCCAGACAGUGUCCCGGUGGACCUGAAGGCUAAGCUGAUUGUUUGCCUCAUACAGCAACAGGCCUUCAAGCCUGUGGAGGACUUGGUGUCUUCACUUAUGGAGCAGAGUCCAGAGGAGAUUGGAGACCUGUACCUGGAUGUAGGCGAGGCCUACCUGGAGCAGGGCAAGUACUCAUCUGCUCUGCCUCUGCUGGCGCAGCUGGUCUUGUCUGACAAGUACAACCUGGCUGUGGUUUGGCUGAGGCACGCGGAGUGUCUGAAGGCUCUGGGCCACAUGGAGUUGGCAGCACAGAGCUACUCUAAGGUGGUGGAGAUGGCGCCACAGCACCUCGAGGCCCGGCUGUCUCUAGCUACCAUCCAGCAACAGCUGGGACGGAUGGACUGUGCUCUGAAAGCCCUGGAGUCCAUGUACGACAGUGACACACUGGCCCAGGAUUCAUCGGCUGUACAGAAGGAGUUAAAGCUUCUACUGCAUCGCUCCACGCUGCUGAAAACACAAGGCCUAAUGCUGGACUACCUGGAUACUAUGAUCACUAUGAUCUCCAUGCUGCUCAAGGUGGCCAUGCUGCGAGCCAAGGCGGUGGUGCGUCUUGUAUCUAUGUCAGGAGAAAGUCACCUGAGGCUGAUGAAGGUGGACGAUAAUUUGCCAGAAAUUGCUGAUCAUGAAACUGCCUAUCUGGACAACACAUGUAAAACUAGCGUUCUUUCCAAAGAGGACUGGUGGCAGCUGUUGGUGAACUGCCUGCUGACGCUGUGUGAGUUGAAACGCUACGAGGAAGCUGAGCUCUUGGUGGAAUCCGCCAUGGAGUUCUACUCCUUCUACGACAAUAAGCCUAAGAGGAAAGAACUGGAGUACUUCGGCCUGUCAGCCUCCAUCCUCCACCAUGACAACUACAAGGCCUACAACUAUAUCAGGUUGAUGCUUCUGGAAACCGUGGAUCAGCCUCAGCUUUGGAAUAUUUUCAACCAGCUGACUACAAAUUCGCAGCACCAGCGCCAUCACCGCUUCUGUCUGCGCAUGCUGUUGAAGAAUCCUGAUAACUACGCCCUGUGUGUUCUGUGCGGACACAACGCCCUGGUGUCGGGCAGCUUCAAGCACGCUCUUGUUCAGUAUGUUCAAGCCGUAAAGACUCACCCCGACAUCCCGAUGCUCAGUCUGUGUGUGGGUCUCACCUUCCUCCACAUGGCGUCUCAGAAGUACGUAGCCAAGCGACACGCUCUGGUGCUGCAGGGGUUCUCCUUCCUGUGGCGCUAUGUGGAGCUACGUGGAGAGUGUCAGGAGAGCAUGUACAACCUGGGCCGAGCUCUGCACCAGAUGGGCCUCACACAUUUAGCCAUACAUUAUUACCAAAAGGCACUUGCACUGCCUGCUCAGAAACUGGAUGGAAUCGAGGACGAUCAGGUGGACUUGAGUAGGGAGAUAGCCUUCAACCUGUCGCUCAUCUACCAGGCCAGUGGGAACAUGGAGAUGGCACGGCAACUCAUCAAAAAACACUGUGUUGUGUAAAAAUCCGCAGAGAAACUGGAUCACUUCUGGUGUCUAAACGGCCGUAAAGAAGUCGAUGCUCUAGAGUUCAGGGCUCUUCGGUGUUGUCAAACUUGAAUAAGUGCUGAAGAAAGGUGGCAACACCGGUCUAGAGAAGGACUAAAAGCUUUGUUACAAAUGUAAAAAUCUUUUUUGUGAAUUAAAUAGCUUUUUUUUAGGAAAA